CUUUACUUUCCCGCAUACAUGUCUUAACCCCCGCUUCUUUUAAAGAAAUAUACUUGUUCAUACACACUAGCCACCCUUGCUGCGUGUCUCUUGCUGAUCCUGCCCCCCCCGCAACACGUGUAGGAAGGAAGGAUCGGGGGCAUACAUCCGUUAGAAAACCAAGCAAGUUUACACGCACAAUCCAAGGCGAUUUGGCAAUGCGGAAGCGCGCGGAGCCCAAACUCUGGCGGUUGCGCGGAUACCAGCAGGCGGAGAGUAGGAAGCAUCCGGCUGACGUUUCCCAGUAGCUUCCUUGCCAAGGCAGACCCGCGCAGUAAGUAUGGCAGGCCGGGGAAGCUGGGGUUGCUUAAAGGAGCUUUGGGCGGCUGGCUUGGAGAGGGAUGCGCGCAGAGAGUCGAUCUGAGGGCCAAGGCGGUCAUAAAAGGGCGCGAUGGCGCUUCUUUGUGCAAAAAAGAAAGUUCGGUUGUUGACCUCAAGCACAGGCCGCCGCUAGAGGAACGCGGAUGCUUUCGCGCAGUUUGCUGCUACGCCGUGGUUUAGGGCGCUGCGUCUUUGGGAUUUCUCCAACGAGGGAUGCAAGCGCUUAGGAGUUUCGGUAGCGAAUGCAAGUGGGGCGCGGUUAGCAAUCCGCUUGCAGCAGCCGGGGAUGGCGCACUAUUUUCCAGUGCCAGCUCAUGAUGAGUCUGGAGAAGUGGAUUGGGAUGCAUGAGUCAUUAGAAAGCGAGGACGCCGUUUCCUGCUUCGUGGAUUAGCGCUCGGAAUAAGUCAGAGAAGGAGAAGCCCCGCCCCCCGCAAAUUCUGUGGGGUGGGGAGCAUCUGCUCUGCUUGUAGAACAGUGGUUCUGAACCUUUUUUUUGGCCAUGCCCCACUUAAAAUCCUGAUUUCCCCCCCCCCCGGGGACAUAUACUUUUUAUUAUUCAAAAAGUGAACUCCGAUUCACGUGGAGGAAGCCUAAAAGGCCAUUAACUUGGUCUAACACAUUCUUGAAUUGCCCCUCUUAAAAAUCAAAUUGCCCCCCCCGUGGGGCGUGUGCCCCAUGUUGGGAACCAUGGUUGUAAAAGGUCAAUUCCCAGCAUCUCUAAGUAGGGCUGGGAGAGAACCGUGUUCGAAGCCCGGGAGAGUGGCUUCCAGUCAGUGUGGGCAGUAUUGAACAAGAUUGACCAAUGGUCUGAGUCCGUUAAAGGCAGCUUCCUAAUGUUUCUUAAGGGCAUCACCUCAUACCCAAAUAGUGUCUGUCAUGAUGCAGGACACAGGGAACAUUUGCCUGCUUCGUUUAUUUAAAAGAGUUGUACCCCACUACUCAACAGAUUUGCCAGGACAGUUUUCAAAAGCAAUUGCCCCAGUCUAGAAAAAAAAGUAAGAGCCAAAGCCCCAUUUAUUCCAAAGGGACUGGAUUUAUUUGAGUAGAGCCCUGCUGAGCCAACAUCCUGUUCCCCACAGUGGCCAACCAGGUGCCUAUGGCAAGGAUGGAAACUUGGGGCCUGAAUGUGGCCCCUAGGCUUCUUCAGAUGGCCCUUGGAAUUGUUCCCAGGCCGCUGCCACUCUUUGACAUCUGACAGAAGGGCAUUCCAUAGAAUGGGUGCAGCUACUGAGAAGGUCUUCUGUCUGAUUCCCUGUAACUUCACGUCUCACAAUGAGGGAACUGCCAGAAGGCCCUCGGAGCUGGACCUCAGUAUCCGGGCAGAAUGAUGAGGGUGGCUCCUACAGCCCAAGACAAAGGAGGAGCAAGAUGCAAGCAGAAUAACACCCACCCACUCCCUCGCACCAGCCACUCACUGCCACAAAGAGCUUCAGGUUGCUGAAUAACAGACUUCUUGAUGCAAGUUAAUUCCAUGGGACUUAUUCUCAGUGUGCAUAGGCACAGCCACGCUAAAAUCAAUAUAGCACUGACACUCCGAAGCAAGAAGUUUAGUAUGUAAAAUCAAGUCCUCCAGUUUAGAUGGUUUGAAUAAUCAUGCUGUUAAAAUCAUAAGACUUUUGAAUGGGUUGGGAUGACCUUAUCAGUCAGAGCCUUGUGAGUCUACAUACACUGCAGCAAGAAGUUUACCAUCAGUGCUAUGAUGCAAUGUCUUUUGUCAAGAAACUGGCCAAAGUUCAUAUGUCUCGGUGUUAUGUACAUAAAUAUGUUGGUGUUUAAGAGCUGAGGUGCACAGCCUGCAUUACUGGAGCCUAACAGGUAUCCCACAAACGUGGCAGUUUCUCCUCCGCUGGUGAAACAUAAUCUUCAAAUCCCCAGUUAUCAUUUAAAAUGAGCAGGUUUCUAGAAUUUGUAGAACCUGAGCUAGGAGGCAAAAUGUACAGGCACAAUUCUGCUCAGGUGUUUGUUUGUUGAGAGACUAGGCCACAGGGGCCAGCAAACUUUUUCAGCAGGGGGCCGGUCCACUGUCCCUCAGACCUUUUUGGGGGGGCGGACUAUAUUUUUUUGGGGGAAAGAACGAAUUCCUACGCCCCACAAAUAACCCAGAGAUACAUUUUAAAUAAAAACACUUUCUACUCAUGUAAAAACACGCUGAUUCCUGGACCGUCCGCGGGCCGGAUUUAGAAGGCGAUUGUGCCGAAUCCGGCCCAUGGGCCUUAGUUUGCUUACCCAUGGACUAGGUUGUUCCCCCUUUCAGUGCUUUAUUUUGGUUUCCCCACCCCACCCCUAAAAAAUCCCAUGGACAUGCAUACUCACAGAACCUUUCUCUCUGUAUAUUCCUCCCUAACAGACUCUCCCUGUAGCCCCUGAAAUUUCUUCCUUUUGCACUAAGAGCUCAUCCACACUUACUCUGCUUAUUCUGUGCCUAGAAAACACAGGCCUGAGAGGUUUUCCAUUUGCCCCAUUGCUUCCUCCAGGAAAAUCCGCUGCUGUCAAUCUAUAGAAAAACCGAUUGAUGUUUGUUCCAAUUCAGCAGUAAACAGUGGGGUUUCCCGGAGGAAAGUGGCAGGUCAAGUGGAAGUGUGGAAGAGUCCCAAGUCUAACAACCCCCAUUCCUCCAUCCCUAUGUUCUAGCAGACUCCCGUUUCACACUCCGCAAGGAGGUUGCGCAGACAGAUUGUUCAACAUAAUGCAACACUGAAUUCCACCCGGUACCUGUUUCAAACUGCAAAGCUGAAGAACAGCCCUUUGCUUCUCCUUAGGUCAGGCGGUUGUAGGAGGAACUAGAACUUGUGAAAUCAGAGAAUAAAGUAAUCUUUGCUGGAGGCAUUUACGAAAAGAGGAAACUGGAAUUUCCUUCAUAGGCAGUUGUCUUUUAAAAGGAUGUCAGGAAUGAAGGUCACCACACUGUUGAACAGGUAUGGACAGGGGAGCAGUCCAAGGCUGUGGGAGGAUACACCAGCACAGUAUAUGGGAUUCGUGAAUGGCCAGAAACAAAUUCAACUGGAGGAACCCUCUGGUAAAAAACUAGGUGCUUCCAAAGGGGGACAAAGUGUAGGGCACUUAAUUAACUGAGGAUUCCUCAAAGAGGCUUGUAUGAAAAGACCUGGCAGCCUUGGGCUAGGUCUGAAAUUGAUUACAUAGGCAGAAGGAGAAGAGAAUGGAGAAGACAGAUAAUUAUCAGUGUUCCAUGGCCCACAUCAGCUCUGUCUCCAUCUUUUUAUAGGUUUGUGGACAAACAAGAACAGCUGAUUUUUAACUACAUGUAUGGAUGCCCAUGGGGACAAGGGGUGGCAGUUGCCAGGGCCGUCUCUCCCAUUUAUCAGUGUGAGGCAGCCACCUCAGGUUCUAGAUUUUGAAUGUCAUAAAUGGGUAGCAAAUUGUUAGUUACUUAGGUGGUUGUUGUUGUUGUUAUAUUUUUGUUGCUAUGGAAGAGGAGAGAUGCUUCUAGGACUUAAUGCUUCAGGUAUGAACAUAACAUUAUUUACCUCAUAACAUGAAUUGUGCUUAUCUGAGGUACUCCUGGAAAUUGUCUUUGGCAUUAUGCCAUAUAUUGGGUGGGAAUCUUUCUUUUCUUUUUAAAAAUCACCUAUACACACCCUGCUAUACCUCUUCUGGGCAAGAGUACACUUCUAGCUAUUUUUCAGAAAUGGUGAACAGCAGCAAUGCUCUCUCAGCAUAGCAGCGCCUUCCCAUUUUGAAAACCUUAUUUAGUUAUAUGUGUUCAUUAAAAUGUUUUGGCUGCCAUGCUCCUCUACUUGCUAUUCCUUUGUGGGAGCAUCUCCAGGGCACACUUGCAGCCUGAUCCUAUACAUGUUUACUUAGGAGUAAGGCCUGCUUAGUUCAAAGAGGCAUCCUUCCAGUGUGUAUACCAGGAUAAGCUAUCAAUCACCCCUAGCCAGUUAGAGGAGAUGAACAGCAUGGCCCCUUCCUCCUCAAUGCAGAAGGUCAUCACUGGACCUAUUUUGUACAGAUGGGAUAUAUUGCAGUGUUGUGGGUGAAAAUUCAUGCUUGGAAGUAUAAGACAGUGGGUCAAAGUUUGCUUAUUGCACACGUUCAUCUGUUUGCAGAAAAGCAUAAAGACGCGCUGGGAGAAAAUUGUGAAAAGGUCAGCCUUCCAGCAUCAGGUUCUUAAAGCCUUGUUUGCUUGGACUUCUUAAAAAAUAAAUAAAAUCUCAGGGUGUGUGUGACAAAUUUAUAAGUUUUGAAUUUUGGCAGUUUGGCAACCUGGGAUAGGAUUCCUGCUUUUUGCUCUGGGAGUUCUCCAGGCAGCCAACAGGCACAGCAUCUUCUCCCAGUGUGGCAAUGCAGACGUGGGAGAAUCUGCACCUCUUGAAUGUCACACUACUGGUCGAAAGCAAGGAUGUGACAACCUAAUCGAGAGGUAGAUUUACAGACUCUGGGCAAGUCAGAGCAAAAGUGCUAUCCCAGAUCUUCUUAGCAAAGGCGUUCGCACCUCUGGUAUUGUAAAAACAAGGAGACUCGUAGAAAACCAGCAGGACUCCCUUCCGUGAUGACUCUUCCAAAGGGGAGACUGAUGCGUCACCGCACACCUGGGAAAGCCUCACGUGGCGACCUGGGAGCCGAGCUUGCCCAAACAGAAUCGGCUCCAUCUUGGUUGCGGGGAAAGCAGAGCCCAUCUAAUUACUACAGCCGGCACUGUAGGCGAGCGAUCCCGCCCAGAAGGAGGCGCGGCUAGGCAGAUUAGUUCCAGCGCUUCCCGUUAGGGGUGGGUUGUCCGAGAAGCUAUUUAUUGCGUUUCGGGCGGCGGCGGCGGCGCUGGCGCUUGGCUUCGGCAAAGCUGUAUUUGGGUUGGUUCUCCGCGCGGGCCGAAGAUCGGGUAAGUAAGCGCAGAGCUCGUUCUCUUUUCAAGGUAUUGGGGUUGGCCAACAAGUACUGCGUGGUCGGGUGGUGGUUUUUCGUUUUAAACCAGGUGUCAUAGGUGCCUGCGAUGCGCGCAAAUAAUAGAUUUCUAGUUUAGGCAGCGGGGUUGGAAAGCAAGGCUGGUUUUGAGUUCCUGUUUUUAAUUAACCCGCUUCUGACGCGUUUGUGUCGCAAGGAAAGAGGGAGGCACUCCAGCCUCUUCCUUGCUGAGCCUGACACUGCAGAAAGUGGCCGAUCGGGGCUGGGAAAAUGGUUCCUAGCUAGGAAUGAGUACUUGCUCUCGGGCUUCAGUGAAAUAAACUCAAUUCAUUGUCAUUUGUAUGCUGUAAUAGCCGCCCUCCCCGAUUUAAAAUAGAAUGACUUUAAUUUCCCCGGAAGUUCUGCCCCUUUACUAUGGCAAAAAGUGUGCUGCUUUGGCUCAGUUUCUUAAUAAUAACAAUAAUAUAUAUAUUGAAAGCUUUGUGGUGGAAGAACUCGCACUGGGUAGGUAUAUGGAGGAGUCCCCCCUCCCAUUUGGAAAGGACAGUGGUGGCAUUUCAAAGUAGCAACACAGUAAGAAAUGGGUGGGUUUUGUUGCUUCCCCGCUCUCAUCCCUUGAGAGGAUAAAUGGCACCAGUGAUCUGUGUGUUUUGUGUGUUUGGAAGUUGUCAUGGAAACCUUCUGCUGCCAACGUGUGGAGCUGAAGUUGGAGGGUGUCAGAUCUUGGUUAGCUGAGCUGGCUGGGGCUGAAGGGAGCUGUAUUCCAGCAAGACCCAGAGGCCACCAGGUUAGCAAAGGCUGGUCUGAGGGAAGGCAGAGUCUGUCUCUUUCACACAGAGGCCAGACUCCCAGGUCUGUUUAGGGAUGCUCCCGCUCUGGGUUUUCUGCAUAGAGCAGAGGGCUGGGCUCGGUGGCUUUGCAAGGCCCUUGCCUAAGCUCUAUGAAUCUGGUACUUAUACAGUUCCAAAAGAAUGUCGGUUUUCUCUGUGAACAGCAUUUUAUGUUUCAUUAGCUAGCUUUGCUCAACUGCUGGCAUCAGGCUGUUUUGUGACCUGAGGUUUUGUGCGUUUUGCAGUGCGCUUCAGUUUUGAAAAGCAUGUGGUUGGCAUUCCCCCGCAUUGCCUAUUGUCAGCUGUUGUUCAUGCUCUAACACAGGAAUCAAACUCGCUGAAUUUCCUUUUAAUUGUUCAUGGCAUCUAGAUAAAAAACAACUCACAACUACUAGGCAAUUUACAACCAGCCUCCCAAUGCUUGCUUUGGUUUCUCUCCCCACCCCGCAAGCUGGAGCUCUUGACUGUUCAGUUGAGAGGCAUAAAGUAUGAGCCGAUUGCUUUCACAAGUAGGUCUGUGGCAACUCUUAAUCUCAGGGUCAUGGGUUCGAACCCCACACUGGGCAAAAAGAUCCCUGCAUUGCAGGAGAUUGGACUAGAUGACCCUCAUGGUCCCUUCCAACUCUACAAUUCUAUGAUAAACCUCUAUGAUCGUAUCAUAUUAGAUAGGACCAUAUAGGCCAGCUCUUUGUUGGUAUAAGUUAGAGAUGAGGAACCCGUGGCUCCCUGGAUGCCAAUUCCCAUCAGUCCCAGUCAGCAUUGCCAGUGGUUAAGGGUGGUGGGAGGUAGCCAACAGCCAAAGAGAAGGACACCCACACAUUUCCCAUCCCUGGAACAAGUGAAGGACCAUCGUUUGUGCCAUUGUAAAAUAAUGGCUGUCAAAAACCAGCAGCUUCCUUUGAGUGAAGCCUAUCAACCUGGUACGUUUUUCCUCUUAACGACUGGGAGUUGGCAGGCUUUGCAUAUGUUGUAUUUGCAUACAUGAUGUAAACGGGAAAGGGAAUAGAGUUGCAAGGAUGGAAAAUCCCUAGAUGCCCAAUUAUCCAAAAGGGUGUGUUCAGCUAUAAAUAACUGAUGUCUAGAAACUAGUGGUUUCUUCCAGCCAUCGCAGUAGGGGGUAGAAAAGAGAACAGGCUUCAGGUGUCCUUUCUAUUGUGUAUUCAUUACGAUUUGGGCUCAUGAUGGUAUAGGGCUGAUGAUACAUGACCCCACUUUCAAUAUGGUUUGUGCCUGCUGGGAUUUCGGGAUAGGCAUACUGCUUCAUUUCCAGUUGGUGCUUCUUCCUGAAAUCCUGCUACUUUCCACACUUAAAAUGCUCCAUGUGUGAGCGCAUGCUUUCACCGUGCUAUAGUGCAAUAAUGUCCCUCCAGAAGGCAAUAAAAUGGUAACAUUGGAGAAGCAUUGAAUCUGUGCCCCAAGUUCUGGGAAUCUGCAGAUCUGGUCCUUUUCCUUUUUCUAGUUGGAAGCCACCAGAGCCUUAUACUCAUUUCCAUGUUUUGACAGAUGGAACAACAAAGUGCACAAACUGAGGUAUAAAGUUACCUGGAGAGAGGCAAAAGUUCAGCUGUGCAAAGUGGGAGGAUAUGAUGUGGCUCGAAAGCUCAGUCGAUAGAGCCCGAGGCUCUUAAUCUCAGAGCUGUGGGUUCGAGCCCCAUGUUAGGUGGAAGAUUCCUGCAUUGCAGGGGGUUGGACUAGAUGACCCACUUGGUCCCUUGCAACUCUAUGAAUGGAAGGAACUGUCAAUUUCUAGUGACAUUUGAAUUUGCAAGGUUCUUGCAGGCAGAUGGUUUAAGCCGGAAGCAUUGUGUGGGCACAGUCGGUGAUCUCUAGGGAACACUUCCUUCUUUUAUAUGCCCAGCAACAUGCUGACAAUGUGGUCUGUUACUUUAAAGGUGAUCAGGAGUAAACUGGUUACUCAAACUUUUCUAGUGGAACUACUUGGAAGUGAAUAUCAUAUGGCCAAAUACCUCCCCAAGACUUGAGAGUCUCUCCGUGCAGUUUAUCAGCCUACAAAAAGAAUAUGCAGCACAGAUUGAAUAUAUAUAUAUAUAUGAAUGCGUGGAUGUCCUUUGAUGGCCAAACCAGGCAGAUAAUUUGUGAACUAUUACUUAGGAGGUCCCCCCCCCCCCGACAGUUUCAGAAUCUGUGAUCAGGCACAGAAAAAGUGUCAUAAGUAGGUAACCCUGUCUCCUUCUGCUAUUUCCACUCAAAAUCAUCCCACGCCCAUUUGGGAGAAAGAUAUAGGCUCCCCACCACAUAUCUUUCCUAGCUCUUUUUCUAUCCAAAGCUGGUGGAAAGUAGGUAAUUUGAGUGGACAAAUGACAGGGUAUGGAAAGGGUUAAGCACCAUUAGCUCACCUGUCCUACUUCCCUUCCUGGCUGCAGUAUCCAGUGUCUGCUUUGUACUAUGAAAAGGGAGGUGAGAGAGAGUUGCACGUAGGUGAGUGCUUUGUUAACACUGUUUAAUGUUGCUAGCUUCUGAGGCACAGCAAUAUUAAUACCAGGUGACCUGCUUGACAAGUAUUCACAGAGUCUGUUUCUGUGUUGUUUCCAGGAACAGAUAUUGGGAAGAUCCAGUCGUUAGGUUGGGCAUUUGGGUUGGGUUUUCUGGAGCUGAUGAAACGUGCUUUCUCUGCCAGCUCACUGGUGAAUCAGCUUUCAGAAAUGUCUCGUAACAGCACUUCAACCCAGAAUAAUUAAGCUCAGUGAUUUUUUUCCUGGAGGUACUGAAAGGUACAUAGUACCAGCACCAUUCUCCCCCCCCCCCAAAGGCUAAAAGUGUGGCACUUAUUGUAACAACUUCAUUCUGAGUACCAGCACCCUUUUUCUAUAGAAAAAAAGCACUGAUUAACCUUUUAUCAAAUUUCACUUGGAAAUUUCAAAAGGGGGGAAAAAACCCAAGGGUACCAAAUGCCUGGAGUUCAGGGGAGUGGUUUGUGACGGUAUUAAGCUGAUUAUAAAGUGUACCCCUUGGAGAGAUUGAUAGAAUAGUUACGUAUAUCACUUUGCAAAGUGAUAUCACAAAUCCUGGCCUAACCUUGGGACCAAACCAAGUGUGAUGUGGGAGGUUUAUGAGAAGAUCUCAUGAAGUUUUUUCUUUUUUAAAGCCAUCCCUCCCAAGGAAUAUAGGGAGUCAUACAUACAGCAGGCCAAGAUCUUGUGGCCACCAGGUGAGAGAAAGAACAUGAAGCAGAGCAACUAUCAGGAAAGAAAAGAAGAAAAAACACACUCACCCUGAAAAAAACACUUUCAGAAUGAAUCAACUGACAUCACAGUAUGGUUCUCAAUACACCUUUUAUAUCUAUUGAGAACUGGAACAGAAGGUGGAAUUUUCCAUCUUUUGUAUUAAUUUUAUUGCUCAUACAGGCAGAGCUACAUAAGAUGUAGAUCAUGAAUUACCAAAUAAAUGGCGUAUCCUAUUUGAUCCAUCGUGGCUGCUGUGCUGUGUGUGUUAAACCCAGUGCAGUUGCUGGGUCCAGAUUAACAGUGCAAUGGUACCUUGGUUUAAGAACAGCUUAUUUUAUGAACAACUUGGAUUAAGAACGCUGCAAACCCAGAAGUAGGUGUUUUGGUUUGUGAACUUUGCCUUGGAAGUAGAACAUGUUCUGCUUCCUGUUGAGUGUGUUCCAUUUGUAAAUUGAGUCCCCCACUGCUGUGGGAAAGCAUGCCUUGGUUUAAGAACGCUUUGAUUUAAGAACGGACUUCUGGAACGGAUUAAGUUUGUAAACCAAGGUGCCACUGUGCCAAAUACCGGAGUUGCAGAGUACACAUAGUGCCAGCUCCAUUUAAUAAAGGGCCCUCUCUAAACUCGCAUACUCACUACAAAUGUAGGCUGUGCAGAUCAGGAAUGUACCGUAGUCGCCUUCAGAAUGGGGCUAAAGUUUACAAAUGUUGAAACAUUGCCCUUCAGAGGUUCACUUCUAGUAAAUGUGGUUAAGACCGGUUGUCGGCAGAGAUACAGAAGCGUUGCAUGAUUCAUGUGUGUGCUUUUGGGCUGUUGCAUCAGCUCUUGUUAAGAAGGGGGCCUCUUUGGGUUAAGUUGCAAGCGGCCGCAAACAGUACCUUUCAGCAGGAGGCUAGUUCUUGAGCAAGUGGAGUCUGUUGAGAAAUUCUUGCUUGCAGCUGAGAUAGCUGCAAAUGCUGUAGACCAGGGAUAGCCAGCAGUGAGGCUGCCAGCUGCUGUUGGGCUGCCAGCACUCAUCAUUUCUGGUAGCAGAGGCUGGUGGGAGUUGGAGUUCAUCAACAUGUGGAGGGCAUCAUAGUGGCUUCUGCUAUAGAAAAGCAAACAAAAAUGCUGUAGUUUGAAUGGGAACAAUAGCCUUCCCCUUGACCCUUGUUGUAGGAAAAUAACACCUCUCUCUCUCCCCCUUCUCUCCAGCUGUUGCAUCAAAAAUGGACCUCGACAUCCAGUCCAAAGAGCUCAGUGGGUCCAGCUGGAAGGAACUUCUUCCAACCCUGAGCCAGUACAAAACCAUCAGGUAUGUACAAUGUCAGCGAAACCCAUGUGUGUUAAGGUGUGCAUAAAGUCUCACAACUGCAGGGGCUCCAUUCCGAUGGAACUUGAGCAGGUGUAAUGCUUGCUUACCCCAAAAUACCUAGAGAUGCUUCUCAUAACCAGAUUUCACAUUCUCAUUUAUCAGUUACCAAGUUUUGUUCUUGGUUAACUGCUCAUGGUUUGUCUGGGAGAGACAAGCCCAAGUUCACCGUGGCAGUAGCAGCACACAGAGGGGAAGGAGCAAGUCAGAUAUGAUUUUGGCUUGUUCCUGUAAGCCAGUGAUGGCCAAACUUGGCCCUCCAGCUUUUAUGGGACUACAACUCCCAUCACCCCUAGCUAACAGGACCAGGGAUGAUGGGAAUUGUAGUCCACAAACAGCUGGAGGGCCAAGUGGCCAUCACUGCUGUAAGCCAUGGUUUGGCAUAGUGCUGCAUGCGAAUGAAAGCAAUGUCUAACUUAAUUGUUUCUAAUCAGCAGUCAUUUUUGUCUGCUCUUGUUUCAUUUGAAAAUCAUAUUGCUUGUUGAAUUAUUUUAUUGUUGCAGAUUUAUUUUGUGAGUGCAUGGGAGGCUUAAGGGCAGUGCUUUUUUUCGGGGGGCAGGACUCAGAGGUAUGCAUACCUCUAAACAUUUUGUGAAUCUUUGUACUUUUGUUCAUUUACUAUAUUUAUUUUCCCCGAUUUGAACUAUAAAAUGGUGACUUUCUUGAGUCAAAAUGAGUACCUCAAAACAUUUUUUUAGAAAAAAAACGCACUGCUUAUGGAUAUAUGGGGAAUCUGCUGUAACAAGGGUUCCAAUUUGCUGAUAGACAAUGUUGGAUUUCACCUUUUGCUGUUCAAAUAUUCUGGAAGUCUUCCAAAUCAGGUUGGAAGGGGGGGAAAGAAUUCUGUAGAGGAGAAAUGUUUCUCUCAGCUGGUUUGUUAGAGCUAACACCCGGCUCCUCUUCCCCUUCAUUCUCAGGUUGGAUGACUGUAGUCUAUCAGCUAGUCAUUGUAAAGAUCUCUGCGCCUUUCUGAGCACAAAGCAAACAUUGACUGAACUCAAAUUGAACAACAAUGAACUGGGAGAUGCUGCUGUAGAGUUGCUGUGCAAAGGAUUGCUGAGUCCAAGCUGUAACCUUCAGAAACUAUGGUAAAUCCCCUACAAUCUGUCAUGGCUUAAGUUUUGUUAGCCGAAGGUCUCCACAGAUGGAAAUGUCCACGGUAGGAAGGUUGUCAGUGAUAAAUUCCCUUCUGGCUAAGAAAGUGGCUCAGAAUUCCUUUUGGGGUUAGAGUAAACUAUUUUUGCUAUUGUUGAACUGUGAUCUCUGCUUCUUAUAUUCUUCCUAUCAAGUUACCACUGUAUGAGUUUUUCCUGGAGCAGCUGGACUGUGGGACCUCUGCUAACCUAUAAUCAAACCAUUUGCUUAGGCUGGCAUACAAGUGGGCGGGGAAAUCAAUAAUAAUAAUAAUAGGGAUGUGAGGGCGAACUGUCUGUGACACCUGUCACCCCAUUGAUCGCCAGGGUUGAAUAAUAAUAAUAAUUUAUUAAUUUAUUACUUAUACCCUGCCCAUCUGGCUGGGCCUUCCCAGCCACUCUGGGCGGCUUCCAACAGGAGAUUAAAAAUACAUUAAAAUGUAUUUCCCCCCAACAUUGCCCAGAAGUAGUGGUGCUGUUUUGCAUGCUCUGAAAAGACUGCCACACCUUGAUUCACCUUCACAGUGAACCAAUAGGUUAGAUUGCAGAACUUGGGCUCCUAUCUGUCUGUCUGUCUGUCUACCUACCUAUUUGGGGUUAGAUGCUGAGUUUUUCUAGCUCUCACACCUUUCAAAGCUCACAUGUUAUUAUUGGCUUCAUAUAGGACAAGGAAAGGAUCUCUGUGACUACUCCUGAAUUGGGUGAAGUGGAACUGGGCACCUGGAAAUAUGAAACUAGUAGCAGAUCAAAGAACAUCUCAAGUGUCAAGGGGGCUUUGUGUUCAUUAGCUCAUCCUGACAACUGAAACAGUGUGUUUCGGUUUUAGCGCCAGCACCCCAGAGAGCAGUCUGGAAAGUGGCUUCUAGUGAAAUGUGACUGUUUUUCAAAUGGCAAUUACGGCCUUCCUGAUCAUAUGGCUUUAUGGCUUCAUGACUUAAAUGGCCCCUGUCAGUCUGGGCUGCACUAGUGCAGUGCAGUCUCUGAUAUUGUAGGCUGUUUUCUCCUACCACAGUUUGCAGUUAUAACACAUGGCUUGAAUAUAUAGAAAAUAUCACUAUGGAGGGGAUGAUGUCUCUAGUUACAUGACUGAGAAGAGGAGUGCAGAGGGUUGGCUCCUCUGUUUUUCCUCUUGAAAACUCUGUUAAGUGUUAUGACUUGUUAGGCAGCAUUUUUUCUACAUACCUGCUGGGCUGGUACUGCUUGAAACACACUGUAUAGGGAUUCUUUUUCUGCUGUGGGAUUCCUUGUGUUGCAGCUAACAAAAGCCAACAAACAUUUCUAAGCCAGUCCGUAAACCUGUAAGGCAGGCAAGAAUCAAGGGGGGCAGGGGGCCUAUAGCACAAAGGAGCUGUGGUGGGAGAAGCUUUGUGCCCUUGAGAUAACUCUUAAGGGACAUACAUGGCCUUUGCCUACUCAAAAGACAGCAGCGUUAAUAUUUGGUUCCCCAUGGGCAUCAGUAUCAUCUGCAGAGAAUUUAUAGAUGUAAGCUUAGGAUAUAGUCUUAUGCAAACACAGAAUUGUACAGUAUAUUUCAAAUAAUAUUUCAAUUAUCUAGGCGUCAAGGUAAAACAAUAAAUGAGGAGUUUUAGGGAGGCUGACUUAACUCUGCCUUGUUCUUCCAGGCUGCAGAACUGCAACCUCACCAAAGGCUGCUGCGAGAGUCUCCGUUCUGUGCUCAGCAGCAAGCCAUCCCUGACUGAGCUUCACCUGGGAGACAACAGUUUGGGCACAGCAGGAGUUAAGAUCUUGUGCCAGGGACUUCUGGAUCCCAACUGCCAGCUGGAGAAGCUUCAGUAAGUGACUACUAGAUUUGUUAGCAAAGAUCUCUUGGCUGAGAAGAUUUCUCAAGUUAGAAAGCAUCUCUUUUCGAACUCAGAUGCAUCUUGCCAUAGUCAUGAGUUACUCUCAAGGAGUUGGAUGAAAAUAGCUGAGGCUGAUGGUGAACAAUUCCUCCCCACCCCCCAAUUGCUUGUAAAAAGUCAUACAAAGUGUGUUUUGUACAGUGUCUUUUCUCAGAUUUACACACACUUUCCGAUAACAAUAUCCAAGAGAGAUUGAGAGAUCAGAGCUGGUACGGGUGGAAAUAUUUACUAUUAAUAAUAAUUAAUAUACCGCUUAAUGCCAAAAUAAGCUUCUUAAGAAACAGGUGUACAAACUAACAACACAAACAUUAAAGUAUAAACUAUGCAUUAAAACAAUUCCAUGAACAAUCAUUGUGUCUAGAUCAGCUUUCCCCAACCUGGGAGUCUCCAGUUGUUUUUUGGACUACAGGUCCCAUCAUGCCUGGUUAUUGACCAUACUGGGUGGGAAUGAUGGACAACGGAGCUCCCCCAAACCUCUGGAGGCACCAGGUUGUGGAGGGCUGGUCCAGAUGUGUGUUCAGAAGGAGGAAGCUUUGUGCUUGAAAAUGCCAGACUGUUUGAGCCUCCUUCUUAUCUAUUGGGGGGGGGUUCUUUCUGUUCUUCUCCUAUAGGCUGGAGUACUGUGAGCUCUCAGCAGAGAACGUGGAGGCUCUCAGCUCUGCCCUGCGCACCAAGCCAUCCCUGAAGGAACUCAACCUGAGCAACAACAAACUAGGGGAUGCCGCAGUGAAGCAGCUUUGCCAGGGUGUGCUGGACGACAACUGUAACCUGCAAUCACUGCAGUAAGGCCUCUAUUUCCAACCCCUGGCUCUCUCCCCAGGCUCAGCCCCUCUUGCUUAGGCUGCACCCGCUUCACUGCACCUGCCACACAACCUUCACCAUUAGCCAUGGUCUCUUCUGCAACUUUCAUGGCUGCUCUGGAAGCGCUCACCUCUUUGGUUCUGUCAGUGCUUCCUGCAUUUUUGCCGGUGAUCAGAACUGCUUGGGCAGUUACGCAAACUCCUCGUGGCUCUCACAAGCCUUCAGAGUGAGGGGCACUGUUAAGAAGAAAAGUCUGGUUAUCUGCCGAGUGAAGGAAGCUUCAAUGGGAGCUCCCCCCUCAAUGCAUGUGGAGGGCUUUGAUGCAACAAAUUGCAGAAGGAGCAGCUCUCUGUAACUGCUCAGCUGGUUCCUGGGUAACUUGGGGGGAGAAAUUGGUUUGGGUGGGGUGUAACAAUGGCUACUUGCUGCAACCUCUGUAAUUGUGGCCCUUAAAGCAGAAGUCUUGGCAGUGUGUGUGACAUGUUACAGUUGUACCUUGGUUUUCGAACAGCUUAGUUCACGAACAACUUGGAACUCGAACGCCGCAAACCCGGAAGUAGGUGUUCCAGUUUGCGAACUUUGCCCUGGAAGCCGAACGUCCAGCGCAGCUUCCACAGCUUCUGAUUGGCUGCAGGACACUCCUGCAACUAGUUGGAAGCCGUCUCUUGGUUUCUGAAUGUUUCAGAAGUCAAACGGACUUCUGGAACGCAUUCUGUUCGAAAGCCAAGAUAUGACUGUAUAUGCAAUUUUACAGUGCAUUGGAAUCUUCCUUUAAGAUUAAUGUGAUGACACUUCUAAAUAAAACCAAUUGAAGGUUUUCUUUUCUCCUAAAACCAUCUUAUGGCAUAGAAACACACACACUGCAUAUUCCACUGCAUUUCUUGAUGCACAAUCAUUUCGAUAAGGUUUUUUUUUGGGGGGGGGGGAGUUUGCAGUGCUCAAUAAGCCUCUAAGGCAUUUCACUACUGGCCAAUAAAACUGCAGUUUUGGCAAAAUUGAAAUAAUGUGUGUCUGCUAGUGUGCGGCAGCAGCUGUGGGCAGGGUUGCUGAACGGAACGUAAUUUGUGCUUUGGCUUCUUGCUUUCCUGCAGACUGGAGAGCUGUGACAUCACACCUGCCAGCUGUCGGGACCUCAGCGCUGUGCUAAGUUCAAAGCCGUCCUUGACUGAGCUCUGCAUAGGCGAGAACAAGAUUGGUAACGCAGGUGUAUCCCUCUUGUGCCAGGGGGCCUUGAAUCCCAACUGCAAAAUACGCAAGCUGUGGUAAGUGGCUUUAUCUAGAGCAGGUGUAGCUUGUCAUCUAGGCUGUCACAAGAGCAGACUAUUUUCUAAAAAUAUAUAUAUAAUCUUUCUUGGUUUUCAAAUAGUGUCACUGUGGUUGCAGUAUUUUGGUGUCCCUAUGUGAGUGUUAAUGUGUCUUUUUACUAUGCACCUUUUAAAGAAUUCCUGUGCCACUUAAAUAAUUUCUGUGUAAUUCAAAUAUUUUCCAUGUACCUUUUUGAUAAUAUCUUUAUAAGCCCCUUGUAAUUUUUUUACCUCCUUUUCUACUUUUUUCUAAAUGUGUACCUUUUUGUAAUGCAAUAUAUAGUGGGUUGUGUUGGUGGAUACUGAAUUGUGUGUUGUAGGAGCCAGAUCUGAUUAACUACAUGCCUGAUCCUGAAAGCUGCUCAUGUUACAAAACGUGCAGAAUUCAGUCUCAUAAACUUCAUUCCUGCGAGCCUCUACAUUUCCCAGCCCUGGAAAACAUGCUUUUUAAAACUCUUGCAGUGCCAAUGGGAAUCAAUGGUAAAAGCACUGUCCUCCGUAAAUCAUUUUUUUCACCAAUGUGCAUUCCUAGGACUCCAAGUAAAUGUUUGCCAAACAAGUUUUGCAGAUGGAACUCUAAAUGUUUCAUAUCCAGUGUUGCUCUUCUUGCUAGUGCGAUAGACUUCUGCUUGUGCAACAGAAGUUACCUCCUCUGCAGCCUUCUGCAAAUGCUCAAAAUCUGUUCUAGAGGGUUGGAGGACAGGGAUGACCUGUUGCAUCAGUAGAACUCUGCAUGUGCAGCACUGGCUGCUUCUUUCACUGGUGAAUUUUCCAGGGGAGAAAAUGUGGAGGUUUAUGUGAAUAAGGGUCAUAUAUCCAAAUUGCAUGCACACUUAUUGACAUAAUCAAGGGCAGGGAGCCUGUGGCUUUCCAAUAUUGUUGGACCACAUCCCUGACCAGUGACCAUCCUGGCUGGGACUGAUGGCCAUUGAAUUCCAACAGUAGCUGGACUACAGGUUAGCCAUCCCUGCCCUAAGGAGUUAUUGGACCUUUCAGGCUUAGACACAUUGGUAAAUGCACUUCGCUUCUAGUAGGUGUCUGUUUGGCUGACAUGGGGUUUACAUUGUAGGCCGCACACGCAUUUGGUUGGAGAUGUCUGUUGCUCCUGCUUAAUGCAGGAGGGAAACUUUGUGUAUGAGGAUUUGUCUUAAUACAGCAAACUGUCUCGCUCAUGUGGACUCCAGGGGUUCCAAACGGCACACACAGCUUGAAGUUUCUAUAACACACUCUUCAGAUCUUGCCAGUGACUAAAGACAGUGACUUGAUUAUUAUUUCAGGUUAUGGGAAUGCAAUAUCUCAGCGCCUGGCUGCAAGGACCUCUCCAAUGUCAUUGGUACCAAAGAGACUCUCAAGGAGAUGAGCCUGAUUGGAAAUAAUCUAAAAGAUGCAGGGAUGGAGUUCUUAUGCCAAGGACUGAAGGACCCAAAAUCUAAACUUGAGUCAUUGUGGUAAGGAGCUGGAGGCUUAUUUUUCUGUUGUGGCUUUUUUUUGCAGGUGUAACAAGGAUGUCAUGAGUAAACAGGAUGGGUCUGUGACUAUUAAGGAUAUUUAUCAAGAGGCUCAGUCCGGCUCCAAGGACUUUCAGCAUGACGCAGUAUUCCAGCUUCUGAUCAUAAGGAUCCCUUUAUACAGCUUUUGUCCACCAAGUCAAGUUGCAGUGAGCAAUAGCAGCUGUCUUUCAUGAGAAAACCAGCAGACCAAAACCAGAUAGAGAAGGGGGAGGGGGAACCCGUAAAAUAUUAAACUACUCCUACUAAGGGGGUGAGUGCAGCAACAACACUCUUCAAAUAAGUCUAUGAGUCAGGUGUUUCAAGUUGACCAAAGCUUGUUUGAGUUCUCCUGCAAGGUCAGCCAAGGCAAGGCAAGUGCCCAGGUCAUCAGGGCUGCUAGGAAAUGGCUGAGCAGAUGGAUUGGAUAGCCUUUUGCCUGCUCCUAGACUCCUCACCACUGGUCAGCAGUCUGGCAGGACAGCAUCUCCUACACCACAAAGUCUAUGACCUCGGCCAGCCUACUCUCAUUUCUGGCCCUCCCUUUCUUGGAUUUGCAACUCCCACCAGCCCCAGCCAGCAGGACCCAAAGGUCAGGAUGAUGGGAGUUGUAGCCUGAAACAGCGGGAUGUCAGGUGUGAGAAGGCUUAACUUGGGCCGUACGGGUAUAAAAAGUGAAUGAUACAUAUGAAAAGUUGGGCUAUUCCAAAGAGGAGAAGAAAGUGAUUUGUCAUCUAGGUCCAUGUGGGAGCAAUUGAGUGGGGCAAAGGUUGCUGACCCUUCAGCCUUUGGCCAGUUCAAAAUAUAGCCCCUGCUGAAAAACCACCAUGGAGAACUGAUGCAUGAGUUUUUAAAUAUAUAUAAACAAAUAUUUUUAUUAAAAGUUGAUAACCUCAAGACUUGAUUAUUGCAAUGCUGUCUAUAUGGGGCUGCCCUUGUGCCUUGUCUUUUAGAUCCAAGCCUGCCUGAUAUAAUUCCCAGCUGAUUUAGCUUAGUGUCCCUUCAGAGGGAGCCAUAAGUCAAGGGUGGCCCUGUUGAAGAAUCUGCUCCAUUGCCAGAGGAGAAGGAACUAAAUAAUUCCAUUCUAAACUUGUCAGCCCAUCCUCCUGCCUUCUUCAGUCAGUCUAUUAAUUUCUCUGCUGGAGCAAUUUGCCUGAUAUUGACCUACUAUCUGUUUAUGGUUACAAGUUGUCUAACAGACACCAUUUAAAGAAGUUAUAAUGGAUGUGUAUUGAGUCUGUUUCUCAUAUUGUUUUGGUCAGAUAUGAUUGACUCCACAGAAAGGAAAAGUAACCUUAGAUGGCCUAUUGCACUGCAGAGUUGUCAGGCUUGUCAGAGAUAUUCUUAUUUGUCUACCAUAGGCUAAGAGAAUGUGGUUUGACUUCAGCCUGUUGCAAGAGCCUUGGCUCUGCUCUCAGCAUGAACGGGACUUUGAAAGAGCUGCAUAUCGGUGGAAAUAAUCUGUGUGAUGCAGGGGUGACUGAUCUCUGUGAAGGAGUUCUGAGCCCCAGCUGUAACCUGCAAUCCCUCUGGUAAGUCACCUUAGACAUUUGUUGCUCUCUUGAAAACAGUGUGUUAAGGUUUUUCUAAAACGUUAUUGAGCUUAGAACUCUUGUGUUAGUGCUGUAAAUAUGGAGGGGAGGGGCCUGCCCUGUUUGGCAUUCUGGUGCCUCUUUGUUUUGCCUUAAGGCAAGCUUCUUCAACCUCAGCCCUCCAGAUGUUUUUGGCCUACAACUCCCAUGAUCCCUAGCUAGGAAGACCAGUGGUCAGGGAUGAUGGGAGUUGUAGUCUCAAAACAUCUGGAGGACCGAGGUUGAGGAAGCCUGCCUUAAGGCUUGGCAGCAGAUCUCUUCCAUGGCUAUGUUUCAUCUAUGGUGACAGCUUACCAUACUUGAAAAGAAGGGCAUGUGAUGUGAAAUACCCAAUUACAAGUUUUACAAUUAAUAAAAAUAAAUUUGCCAGUUUGGAACAUGUUUUAAUGCUGGAACACUUGAGUAAACUAAAGGGCUAACUACGUUUUUCCUAGGCCGAUAUUUGUUCCUCUUCACAUUAGCUGAAUGCUUGCUUGAAAGGCAGCAGUGUGAAAUUUGUUUGUGGGUUCAGCAGAGGAGACAUCUUCAGGGAUAUUCCUCCCUUGUGGAUAUGUCUGGUGCUUAUUCUGCCCUUCUUCUUAGGCUGGGACAAUCAGAACUCACAGAGGUUUGCUGCGAUAAGCUUGCCGAAGUCAUCGUUGGAAAACCCUGCCUACAAGAACUGGAUGUAAGCUACAGCCAUAUAGGAGAUGAGGGUGUGCGUAAGCUCUGCGAAGCAGUGAGAAGUCCCAACUGUAACCUGAAGUACCUGAUGUAAGUGACUCUUUCGUGCUGUAAUAGGCUUAGGGAAUGAGGUUGGGGAAGGCGUCUCAAAGAUGUGGGUCUGAUGACGAAGUCAAUAAGUGCACCCCAAUUAAAAUGGCAUCUGAACCCCUAAGAGCAGAUAGAAUGAAACCUGCAUGAUGACCCAUUUUCAGUCGAUUCCUCCGACAUCCAUAACUACAACCCCUUACACUGGCUGCGCUGUCUGGGACUAAUGGGAGAUGGAGCAGUUCAGCAACACCUGGAAGCACACAGGUUCUGUACCCCUGAACGAAAAUAUGGAUCCUAGACUUCCUUCUUUGGAAACAUGGGUCUGUUCAUCAGGAACAGCCUCUGUCUAGUUUUAAUAUUGAAGGAAGUUUUACUUCCAUUGGUGGCAGGCGUAGUAGCCAGACUGCUUGUCUCUGUACAAAUGGAAGUUAACAAUCGGAAGCCCUUUCCCCUUGGGGAAAUAGAGUGUUGUGUGCGCUGCUUCUUUCUUACAGAUAAGGGAGGUUACCUGCUUUGCAUGACUUCUCAGUACCAUUAAUGUCUGAACUCUCAUCUGAACUCUCUUGCAGUUUGUACGACACUUACUGGACUGCUGACGUGGAUAAUGAGCUGAAGGCCCUGGAAGAAUCAAAGCCUGGAUUUAAAGUUGUUACAUGAGUGGUGCAACAUUGCUGUGGCCACUUCGACUGCCUUUUCUUCUGUUGGGAUUCUUUUUGUAUACCAAGUCACCAGACCAUAUGAUGAUGGACUUUUAUGAUUCCAGAUUUCAUGGAGCUGUGAUAUGCCUAGAAACCACAUUCAAAGCUAGGAAUGUGUUGGUACCUCAGUGGUGAGGCAGCAUGGGGAAAGUUCUGGAAUUAUCUGCUGAGUCCAGAAUGCAUAUGCUGGUGGGUUUUCUGCCUCUUGGGAAAUACUAAGAUCAGCACAAAGUAGAAUACGUCUCCUGCCAGCUGCCAUAAAGCAAUAAUGGUUACUUGCAGAUGACUUGAAACUCUUCCCUUGGGAAGAACUAUAUUGGAGACUUUUAGAAAAAUUGGGGAAUAAUGCCCAUUUUUUAAUUGCCAAAAAUUAGGAUGCAACAUUGCCCCUCCCCUUAAGGAUCUCUGAUAUUAAUAUUUUCUGCUGAGAAUGCAAGGAGUGAACUUUUUGUAUCUUGAUCAACAAAUCUAGCCCUGUAGGAAUAUAAAAUAAAGUUUGAUUGCAAAGAGACUAUC